CUAUUCACGUUUGGUCGUGGUGGUUCAGGGCUCAGAGAUGGCGGAUCCAAAGAAAAGAGACGGUCGUGACGGAGGCAAGGUCGAGGACGAGGACAAGCGUGCCAAAGACGAGCACAACAAGCUGGAGAAGGAGAGCGGGAAGGUGGUGGCGCCCAGUGGGGACGUGAGGCGGGACAAGCGGCGCCCCCCGUGGAAGAGCGGCUGGGCCCUGAGCGAGCGCCUGGCCAUCAACGUGUCUGGGAUGCGUUACGAGACGCAGCUGCGCACGCUGGCUCAGUACCCCGACUCCCUGCUGGGAGACGCCCGUAAACGUCUUCGCUAUUUCGACCCGGCCAGGAACGAGCUCUUCCUGGACAGGAGCCGGGUCUGCUUCGACGCCAUCUUGUACUUCUACCAGUCGGGCGGGAGACUGCGGAGGCCCGCCAACGUGCCCUUGGACAUCUUUAUGGACGAGCUUCGCUUCUACGAGCUCGGGGAGGACAUCCUGGACCGCUUCAAGGAAGACGAAGGCUUCCCAAAGGAGGAGGAGAGACCUCUUCCCAGCGGCGACCUGCAGAGACGCCUCUGGAUGCUCUUCGAGUACCCCGAGUCCUCCAGCGCCGCUCGCAUCAUCGCCAUUGUCAGCGUCAUGGUCAUUAUCAUCUCCAUCCUCAUCUUCUGCCUGGAGACUCUGCCCGAGUUCAGGAAUGAGAGGGAACAGCGGGAGAGAUUCACCAGCAUCCUUCAGCCGGCGGCGGCCAACGACAGCAUCCUGAACCCUCCGGCCUUCACUCCCUUCCAGGACCCCUUCUUCAUCGUGGAGACCAUCUGCAUCUGCUGGUUCUCCUUUGAGCUCAUCAUGCGCUUCACCUGCUGCCCCAGCAAGACGCACUUCUUCAAGGAUGUCAUGAACACCAUCGACUUCUUCGCCAUCAUUCCCUACUUCGUCACGCUGGGCACGGAGCUGGCCAAGGACAAGGGGGCGCAGCCCUCCGUGUCGCUGGCACUGAUCAGGGUCAUCCGGCUGGUUCGGGUCUUCAGGAUCUUCAAGCUGUCCCGCCAUUCAAAGGGUCUCCAGAUCCUGGGCCAGACCCUUAAAGCGAGCCUGCGCGAGCUGGCCCUGCUCAUCUUCUUCCUCUUCAUCGGCGUCAUCCUCUUCUCCAGCGCUGUCUACUUCGCCGAGGUGGACCGCCCGGACACGGCCUUCACCAGCAUCCCGGAGGCCUUCUGGUGGGCCGUGGUGUCCAUGACGACGGUCGGCUACGGCGACAUGUACCCGGAGACGGUGGGCGGGAAGCUGGUGGGCUCCAUGUGCGCCAUCGCCGGCGUGCUCACCAUCUCGCUGCCCGUGCCCGUCAUCGUGUCCAACUUCAGCUACUUCUACCACCGAGAGAUGGAGCGAGUGGACACCACGGAGUACCACCACGUCUCCGCCUCCCUCUGGGAGGAGGACGAGGAGAUCCAGGACGAUGAUGAUGAUGAAGUGGGAGAAGAAGGGCCCGAGGACACGCAGGAAAAGGCGCCGUUGUACGACAGGAACAGCAAAGCGGCGGGAGAUCUGAGCGGGAUGAACUUGCUCCUCAGAGAACCUCUGGUCACUCAGGUGUGAUGGAACUUCUGAGGAAGAGACACAAGGGAGAGGAGACUCACGUGGACAUCGAGUACCUGCGACCUCCCCCAUGAAGGUCACGUGAGAGGUUCUCAGCUUUUCUAUAAACUUUUCACUGAUUGGCUGAGUUUGCUUGCCUGGUUUACACGUCAGAUUCCGAGAGUCUUUGUCA